AUGGAGACAACACCCAUGACCCCGGUGUCGGAUAGACAUCACGAAAUCCUCGGGAAUGCAAAAGGAAAAACCCCAACGGCUUUACGAGACUGGCUACUCACGGCUGCCACUCCUAUCACGAAGGAUGAGAAUGCCUUGGGAUCUGAUGCUCAAGCGCCAACGCAGCCAAUGAGCGCGGAAGUGGCUGAUAGCUGCCUCAGCGUCGUGGGCAGCGGUACACUGCACGCUCUCUCUGCAUUCGGCACCGACCCAGAAGCCGACCUUCAAGGCUCAGUUGAAAGCAGCGAUCAUGGAGGGAUCAAGAAAAGCAGAGAGUUUCCACCCCUGGAAUAUAUGAAAAAUUGGCUGCUUAAUGCAAGACAAACUCCUCCUAAUGACCCUUUGAAUGCACUCUCGGCCGAUGAGCACUCACAUAACUGCGAUUUGGAUCCAGCAACAGGAAAUCUUCUCCCUCCUGUAGAAUAUCCACGAACAAUGAGGAGCACCGAGAAACAGGAGGAUGAGAAUGUGGCAUGGAGGGAAGUGAUGGUUUCAUCAAGCACUCACAUUCAGCGAGCCAUUGAAGGACUCUCUCUUGUCAAGGAAGAAAAUGCCCUGGCAAAGACGGGAGAAACAGCCUCUCCAUACCCGGAGGAUCAGGGUGCUCCCUUCGCAGAAUGCAUCAUCCGUCCGGCCAAGCCAAGUGAUUUUGCAAAGAUCGCUGCCAUUAUUAACCUGGAGGUUUCCACCACUCACUGCCCCCAGAUCUUUGAGGGCCGACAAAUUGUUGCGGAUGACAUUUUCCCCAUUUUUAGGCACUGUCAGAACACCCUGAGGCCUUUCGUUGUGGCGGUUCCAGCCAAAGAUGAGUUUCUCGAUCCAUCCAAGUGGCCCUCGGGCUCAGCAAGAGUAUACGAACAGUUCAAAAAGUUCAAGGAAAGCCAAACUGUUGAAGAGGAUACCUCGGUAUACGGCUUCGCAUUCAUCGGCGAGCCUCAGAUCGGCUUCUUGAACAGGCCAUGCCAAGGUGCCCGUCACUCUGGGUUGAUCAGGAUGGUGGUCCACCCUGACCACCGGCGUCAACUGAUUGGAUCUGCUCUUCUCGAAAGGAUGUUAACUUUGAUUGAUUCAGCUCACCACCAAAUGGUCGACUAUCACUGGGAGGGCGACAAUUCGGAAUCAAUCUAUGAGCGGUCUGCAGCUCGAAACACCCGACAGUACUCUCAGGUGUACAUUGAGCUCUUCACCUCCAGAAAGGGAGACGAAAAUUACGGAUGGAAGUCAAAACUCCUUGAUGAUUUCUCUUUCAAGUGCAUUGCUCGCUUCAACGACAUGGCCAAAACUGACCGCGCCGAGGACAACCAGUGGCUUGAUCUUACAAUAUGGGAGCACAAGAUCAAGAAAGGGUCGAAACUGCCCCAUGUGAGGGCUUCGGAGUAUUUCGCCCCCAAUCUGGUUUCUUAG